AUGAACAACAAAAUUCUCUAUGAUCUUCUCACUUCUCAAUCAUCUCAGGUCCACUUCUUCAUCUUUAUCAUUCUUUCUUAUUAUCUGCCAAGCCCUCUCAUCCUCAGUACUCUUCUUCCUUUUGGGGAGGGAGUUCGUGCAAUUUUCAUCAGAGAUAUACAUUCUUCAAGGGUGUUGUUCUGUUCAAGGAUUUCAAUGGAGGGUGUUGUUUUUGCUGGGAAACUAAACAAAACCAAAUUACCCAACAAGUGUGAGCUGAUAGACCUCACUCUGAAGCUUUCACCAUGCGGUCAAAAAACAGAAGAAAAGUGGCUGAUAAGGUCAUUAACAAUGGCUGGGGAGAAAGCCAAUAGUACUGUGGUGGCAAAUGGAGCAGAUAAUGUUCUUCCCUUUGUUCCAUCUCUGGAUAGGUCUUGCUCGCUGCCACUAAAGACUGAGAAGGGUCUGAUUAGGUUUGGGGACUUACAGACAAUGAGAAGAGUGAAGACUAGGAACAGGUUUCUGCUGCGCAGGGUGGCAGCAGUAGAGCCAGAUAAGACCCUUGUGGUGUCUCCGCCGCCUCCAGCCGGCGCUCAGCAACUUGCUCACUCAGUUUAUAAACUCAACACACUGGCAAAUCCUUCUCGGGAUUCAUGGCAUGAUGGAAGAGCUAGUUCCAACGUCCAGACAUCACCCAAGAAGAAAAAUAAUUGCAAGCUUUCCCCAAAAGCAAUGCUUAAGGAAAUGUCAGAAAGGCCCUCUGAUACUAAGCUUGAGAGUCCAGCCAAAAAGCUUAAACAAGUGAAUCCCAAUCUUAAAGGUGAUGCAAUGGAGUUUGUGAGAGAGAUGCAUAGCGUGACUACUACAGGAGAUGGCCCCAGUGGGAAGAGAAUAGAAGGGCUUCUGUACAAUUAUAGGAGAGAUCAAGUGUGUAUUGUGUGUGUCUGCCAUGGCAGCUUCCUCUCUCCAGCAGAAUUUGUGAUGCAUGCUGGUGGCAAGGAAGUGGCUAAUCCCAUGAAACACAUCAGUCUUUGUUCUAACUCAUUUUAG